AUGUCGAAGGGGUCCUCCGGCAGGGCGGCGCCGCCGCUGGAGCAAAUCAACUCCGAGAUUUUCACACUUUUAUAUGGAUCGCUGGUUCGACAGCUGCUGGCAGACUGCGAUGACAUUGAUGACGUGCACAAACAACUUGACAAAAUGGGUCACAACAUUGGAGUGAGGCUGAUAGACGAGUUCUUGUCAAAAUCAAGGAUCACCCGUUGUGGUAGCUUCAGGGAAACAGCUGAAGUGGUGGGCAAGCAGGGUUUCUGGAUGUUCCUCAACAUCACAGCGGACAUCAGGGACUGGAAUUCAGACGGGACGGAGUGCAGCCUGAUAUUUCUUGACAACCCGCUAGCUGACUUUGUGGAGCUCCCGGCCGAGUACAAAGGGCUAAAGUACUCAAGCAUGUUGUGUGGCGUCAUCCGAGGGGCCCUCGAAAUGGUCAACAUGCAAGUCGAGUGCACGUUCCGCAAGGACGUCCUCCAGGGCGACGACCAUUACGAGAUCCGCCUCAAGCUCGUAUCCCACAACUCUGAGGAGUACCCUUUCAAGGACGAGGACUGA